AUGCCAGACUUUCGUGGUCUCUUCACCUUUGCCAGGGUCAUCACCUGCAGCUGCUUCUGUAGUCGCAAACCCGCCAAAAUCCGAACCUAUCAGUUUGACAACGUUCGAACUCCUUCUGGACAAAAACAAGAGAAAGAUUUAUCUGCAGAGGAUCAUUACUAUGGUAUUUCCCAAUCCCCUCAUGGUGUGCUUCCUGAUCCUGACAAGUUCGAGAUCGUCGACGAACAUGACGAGUCUACUGCAGCUGGUACUGUAGUGAAGAGGGACUAG